AUGGUCUCAACGAGAUCUGGGGCAGGUGUUUCGAAACCCAAAACUUCCCCAAAGGAAAGUGUAGAGAAGCUGAAAGAUGCUGCGAAUGGAGACCUCCCACCUGCUAAAGCUCGGGUAGCCAAUGAACAAGCAAUUGUCAGAGAUGCAACAACAGAGGGUGAACGAGGCGCAGACCAAGAGCAUUCAGUCGAGACGCAGUCCAAGCCAGAGUUUGACGCGAUGGAGGGUAUCAGCCACGAGCCCGUUGGCGAGCCACAAGCGGAUUCAAACCUGCAGGACGCCUCUGGCAGCGGGUCAUCCAGGCCAACAAAUGACGCAUCCCCAACUGCGUCACGAUCUGAUACCUCCAUGUCUGAACCUUCUGAUUCAGAUCAAGAGUCGGAGCUUCUCGCAGAUUUUGAAUCCCUCAGUCUGAAAAGUGGCCCGUCUGGAGUCGUUGAUGGCUUCGGCGGAAAGGGAAGAAGCGCUUUCUGCAUACUGCGGGAUGGGCCACGUAAUGCGCCAAUUUAUCAUUUCACGCGAACCAAUGGGUUCAAUACCCAGGGUUUCAAGAAUCUCUCGUACCACCGCAUCACCCUUUUGGACUACGAGAAUGAAAAGGAAGAGAAGAACUGGGUGUACACAAAAGAAAAUGUUCAAGGGAUCGUGGGGAUUGCUAUUGAAGUCAGACCUGAUACACGCGAAUACAAGCGCAGUCCGCAGGCGUGGGUCAAGAUCAGGUGGAAGAAUAUUAAGCUUGAGCACAAGACGCUACUCAUCAAACUUGAUCCGGACGACGUCAGCAAGCGCCACUCCUCCUGGAUUCCAAAGUCAGACCUUGUCAGGCUGGUAGGCCGCAAGGCAGCAGAAUCCAAGAUCAGUGAAGCAUGGGAUAAACAAGAAGAGAAACAUCUGAAAUCCCUGGGAAACAAGGGCCAAAUGGUUGACCGCUCCCCGACCCCAUGUCCGCUAGAUGCUUUUGUGGCAAAAAGAGAGCAACGGGAAGGGUCACAGGGCCUUUCACCUCCCUACCGCAUGACUCCACGUCAAAUUGAGCCAUUGAACCGUGCUGGACCAAAGAAUGUUGGAAUUCAGCCCCAAGAAACGGUCACCAAAGAAGAACCCGAAGGAGACACCAACUUGUUCGUUCCACCUGCUUCGCUCGUUACACAGAGCCCCCCAUCAAACACCGCUGGCCAAGAAAAUGAACAGAAGCAAGCUCAAGGCCCGCUUCAGUUUAACUACGAUUCUUUUCUUGAGGGUGUGAAACGAAGAGAGAAAUGGCACCGCUUAAGUGAAGAAGAUCAGGAGCGGAGAUUGGCCGAAGCCGAGGUGAGCAAUGCUUAUGAGGAACCUCCUGGAAUUACAACUUCCAGUAAAAAGCCUAUAAAAGUAAGCCGACUCUCCUGGGUAACCACUUUUGGUGGUACAACAAACUCCAGCGGCAAAGGUGUGAAUUACUUUGGCAAUGUCGGCGACCCAUACGGAAGCAACAUUAUUGACGUGUCAGAUGACGUUGCAAAUCGAUAUAAAUAUGUGCGAUUUGAGGGACCUGUCACAGGGGAAGGCUGGACUGUGGUGAUCUGGAACAAAAUCGGACCCGAUGGUUCGCUAGGCGGCUGGUAUGGGUAUGACUGCAGAAAAUUCACUUUGAUGCCUGGCCAAAUCAGGUACAUUGCGAUUGAUGAAAAUUCUCAAGGCGCGUGGGCUGCCGCUCCCGGUGCUUCUAUACCGGUUGAUACCCUUGGUGGCUACGCUGCGACAUGGGGUGAAUUUGACUUUGGUUCAGCUAUCAACUCCGGUUGGUCAGGGUUCGAUGUGUCCGCUAUAGCUGCACAGAAUGCGGGUCUGCCAGUCCAAGGUAUGAAAAUAUGCGACGUGCUCUCCGGCAUCUGCUCUUAUAUCACUAAGAACGCUGCCAUUGUCAAUAAUGCCUACGUAAGCUCCAUUGCUGGAAUGGGCGGUAUCGGAGGCAAUCUUUCACCUGGGCCACUCCGGCUCUUGUGCUCCCCAAGCCCCUGA